CUGCUAUUGAGCCGCAGUUGCGAAUCGCGCGUGCAUCAAAAUGUUGGACCUCAUCGGGAAUUUUGCAACCCACUACGACAAGGAUCAAAAGAUUUGGAGUGGCUCCAGCCAGCAGAGCCUGUACAACGACGAUUUGACAGCAGGCCAGAUCAUCUUCCGCCAGUUGCAGCGCCAGCCCCAAAGGAUAUUCCAGAUAUCUCACACGGAUAAUACCCGUCUGACCCGAUCCCAGAUGCUGCACAAUGCCGCCAAGGUGGGCUGCUAUUUACGGGAUCAGAGUUUUCAAAAGGAAACGGAUAUCGUCGGCCUGAUGGCCCGCAACUCCACCAAUGUAGGAGCACUGGCCUAUGGUUGUCUCUUCAACGGCACCCCCUUCCACGCCGUCAAUCCCAAUCUGGAGCGGAAAACGAUUGACAGCCUGUACAAAAUUACCAAGCCCCGUAUCCUUUGCUGUGACGUAGCGGACUAUGAAAAAAUCAAAGACACAGCAACCAGUCUGGGUGCUCUAGUCCUCAUUGUCAAUGGAAAGAUUAAUGGCGUAAUGAGUGUUGGCGAUCUCCUCCAGAAACCUCUGCCCAAGGACUAUGAGCCAGCUCAGUUCCACCGCGGCAUCGACCGCACCAUGGCCAUUCUCUGCUCCUCGGGAACAACGGGCACUCCCAAGGCGGUGACCCUCUCCAAUAGCCGCAAAUUGUUCGAGACCCACAGCUACCUGGGCCCUGAUGACGUUCAAUACGCUUCGAGCACCCUUGAUUGGUUGACAGGACUCAUUACCCUGGUCACUGCUGGUGUCUAUGGAACGAUUCGUCUGAUAUCAAGCCAGAUGUUCAGCACUGGCCAUUUUUUGGAGCUGUGCGAACAGCACGAAGUCAGUUGGACUGUUAUGGCCAACUCCCACGUGGCUAUGCUGGCGAAUUGUCCGCAAACUCGUGCUCAGAAACUGCGAAGUCUGAAGCACUUGAUCUUCGCUGGGGGUCACUGCUUAGUGGCUACCUUGAAAAAGAUGCAGUCCUUCCUGCAUGGUCCUGGAAUUCUGAGAAAUGCCUACGGUCUUACCGAGGUGGGAGCAUUGGUCUCCUACAAUUUCGAGACUCAGCUGAAGCCAACGUCGGUUGGUCGACUGAUGGAGAACAUUCGAGUCAGAAUAGUGGACGCAUCAGGCAAACUGCAAGGACCCAAGGAGGUGGGGGAGGUCCAGUGCCACAAUGGCCAGCUCUGGAGGGGAUACUUUGGGAAUCCCCAAGCCACCACUGAGAUGCGGGACUCGGCUGGAUGGUAUCAUACCGGCGAUAUUGGAUACUUUGACGAGGAUAACUUUCUGCACAUUGUGGAGCGCCAAAAGGACAUGCUGAAGUAUCUAGGCAUGAUGUAUUAUCCGCACGAAGUGGAGGAGGUUAUUGCUCAGAUGCCCGACGUGGCCGAAGUCUGUGUCUUUGGGAUCUUCAGGGAGACGGAGGGAGAUGCUGCCGCUGCUUCCGUGGUCCUUCGGUCGGGAAGCAAUCUAAAACCCAGCCAAGUGGAGGACUAUGUCCGUCAGAACGUGUCCGUGGAAUUCAAGCAUCUCCAUGGCGGAGCACAGAUUGUGCCUCAGUUGGCGAAAAGUGCCAACGGAAAAGUAAACCGGCAUGCAGUAAAAGCUGCUUACUUAAAACAAUCACAUUAUUGAAGCCACCUUUUCCUUUACUACAAGCUUUGUUCACUCACUCAACAUUUUCAAGAAAAAGGGGAACAAGUUUUUUUUUACAUAAAUAUUAUAAUAAAAGAUAAGAAAUAGGUAAUAAAAAAUGCAUUUCGCACUUAGUAAUUGCCCUAAAUAAAUUGCUUUUUAAACAAAUCUAACUAGAUGAUAAGAUAAAUGUCAUUUAAUGAAAACAAAAACUGGUUCAAGGUCCUCGGCAAAAAUAGUUUAUAAUUAGUUCCCUAAAGUAAAAUUUAUUUUUUAGUCUGGAUAAGUGCAUAAAAAUCCCACAUUGAGCUGGUUUAUGACAUAACCCCCUGUAGCUAAUCAAAGCUAUUAACUUUUAAAUGUGGACAAAUACGUAUCUCUUUCUUGGAGAGGCAGUAACUCUCAUUUUCUACGAGAUCAAUCGAUAAUUCUAUGUUUACUUUUUUCAAUCUGCUCCCAGCACGCGAUUUCUAUACAAAUAAUAUAAUAAUUCUCAAUUCAGAAUACGCUGAAUCACGCUCACCCCCCGCCAAUUACACGACCAGUAGUGUCGGCAAGUGUUUUGUUAUGGAGAUUGCUGCAUUGAGCUCCCCGGUUCCUCUCAAGUGUGAAUGCAAUCGCGUGUAAUCAGCGCUACCUAGUCGUAUACCCCGAAAGUUAUCUAAAUAGUUACGACCUAUAAAAGCGGAGCUGCAUUCGCUUUUCGCAGCCAGAUGAAAAUUGAAACUGCAAGGAAAACAACGAUAGUCAGAAUGCCUUUUCAACCAGCGAUUUCCUACGAUUCCGAUCUCAAAGUCUGGAGCGGCGAUCAAGUAACUCACUACUUUGAUCCGCACUUGUCCAUCGGAGACAUCAUUUUCCAUGAGAUGCGAAGGCAUCCCAAGCUCAUUGCUCAGGUGGGUGUUAGGUGAAUGUUAUAUUAUAGGCUAAAAUUUACCAAAAUAUCUAUGAAAUUCCAGAUCUCGGCCACG